GAAGCAAUAAAUAACGUAGCUAGAAAAAUGAAAAAAAGCAAAGGCAGAGAGCGAAGCACAGUGCAAGAUUCUGUUUCUUCUCCGUGUUCCGAAAGCGAAGGGAAGGAGCACAUAUCAUCAAUCAUAUAAUGAGAAGAAGCAAGAACCAUUAGGAUCACCCAAAACCAGAGAAAAUUUCAAGGGCCACACUCUUUUCCACCCUUCCCAAAAUGCCCUUGGGUUUUCUCUAGAUUCUCCAUUUCGCUUCUAACCCCUUCUCCAUAGCCACCAUACCCAAAACAAAACAACAUCUUCUUCAUAAUGUUUUGUAAACUCGUUCCAGUUUCGCGCAAGAAAAAAACCGGUUUGAACCCGGUUUACCUUAACGUCUACGACCUGACCCCAAUUAACGGUUACGCCUAUUGGUUUGGCCUUGGAGUUUAUCAUUCUGGUGUUCAAGUUCAUGGAGUUGAAUAUGGGUUUGGAGCUCAUGAGCGUGACACGACCGGGAUUUUUGAAGUGGAGCCUAGGAACUGUCCUGGAUUCACCUUCAGGAAAUCGAUUUUCAUUGGAUCGACGGAUAUGGGACCGAACGAGGUUCGCAUGUUUAUGGAGAAGCUGGCUGAAUUGUAUUCUGGGAACACCUACCACCUUAUCCAAAAAAAUUGCAACCAUUUCUGCAAUGAUGUUUGUCUCAAGUUAACGGGAAAGUCUAUCCCAAGAUGGGUGAAUCGGCUUGCUAGAAUUGGUUUUCUCUGCAAUUGUGUUCUUCCGCCGAGCCUAAACGAAACAAAGGUUCGCCAAGUUACGUUAGAGAGGGCUCAAGAAGGAGAAAAGAAGAAAAUGAGAAGCCAGUCGAGCAGGUACGAGGCUUCACCCAAUCCUCAGUUGUCUAUUAGCCAAAGACAUUGCCUUCCUCCAUCUUCUUCUGUAAUUAACGCUUCUCCGUCCUCAACCUUAACAGUAAAGUAGAGCUUUGACAGGGAGUCAAAGUCCGAAAUAUAGGCUGUUAGAAUCAUGUAACCAACCAAAGAUGGGCAGAGAAGCCAACUUUUUCAUCUGCUCCAGCUUUCUGUUCUGUUGUAUAUCUUCAAUUGUAUGGCAAUGGCUAAAAUGAAAUGGUUGUGUUGUCGUCUCUUCCUUUUAAGUGCUAGCUUUCUUCUGUGAACAGAAAGAAAAAGGGAAAAAGGGUCUGUGUGCUUGCUUGCAUGUGUGCUUGUUUGCACUUCUUUGAUGUGCAUGUAUUGAGAUUUCUGCGUCAAAAGUUUAGAGAAAUGUAGAAGCUAGAGUUUUUCGCUUCUGAAUUGACGCGGCAAAUCCUCUUCAUGAGACGCCAAACCGAACAUAUUGUUCAUUUCUUGAUUUUUCUUUGUCAUUUUAACCGCUGAUGUAGCACAUAGUCAUGUGUUCAAUAUGUAGGAUAUUGUACAUUUGCUGAAGUGCAAAUAAUGCAAGAAUGGAAAUGAAAGAGAUGAUGUGCUUGAGAGCAA